AUGAAUUAGUGUAUUGAGAUUCGAUAAACAAUUGAUUAGCAAGAUAUAUCGCGCGCUAAUAUCGACGCAUGCGCACGACUGUAAUGCGCAUAUGACGGAGUGCGCAUCCGUUGCUACAAAACAUUCGACUACAUAAAAUUCUUUUGGCUGUUUCCCGCGCUUCUCUUGAUGUGAUUGUAGAUCGUCAAAAUCCAUGAAGGAUACGCUGAUUUCGGAUAUUCCUGGAGAAUAUUAGUGCGUAACGUUCGAACGUCGAACCAGUCGAACGUUGUUUCAUCGGCCAACGGCGGUGUUUCACACGGUCGGUGUAUUCGCUUUGUCAAAUUCACCGAUCCAGUCAGUUUGUCAAUAAUCGUAAUUUUAAUCUGUUGCCAGAUUACUGCUUCAAAGAAUUGUCCAACAAUGAAUGGCAGUCAAGGUAACUUGCUUUGCACCCCACGACGUGCCCAGAAAUGUCUUUUUGCACCAGACAGUAAGUCUAGCAAAAAGAGCGAUUCUCAAGGCUUAGAGCGCACCAGCGACGACAAAUCCUCGGGAGACGAAUCAGAUUUGGGGCCCAUGUCACCUCUGGCUCUCACUGAUCGUAGUCCAAGCAGCAGUGAUCUCAGCAGUUCCCCAGGCAGAGAAUUCAUCUCUCCGUUUGCAACGCCUGAAAAGUCUUCACAUAUUCUCAACACGCCCGUUGUUCCCGUGUCCUGGGAUCGUUUGAGGUUCAAUAUGGAAGAACGCAUGUCACCCUUCAGAUCGCUCAGGAAGGUUACCAGAGCCGCUAGAUACUCGCCGAGAUGCAAUUUGUUUAGGCGUUCGCCGAAAUCGCUGCCGUCCACUCCAGACAAGCAGAGGGAACCGUUGACCCCACAACGUUCGAAGACGAACGUAGAGCAGAUGAACGAAGUGGUACCGGAGACGCCGCAGCGUAGCUUCGCCAAGGAGAUACAGAAUCAAAAUAUCACGGAAACACCAAAAAAGGGCAGGACCCCUGAGAGCAGACAGAUAACGCCAUUAAGCUCCAUAAGCAAGACGGUACCGUUGCCGAAGUUGCACAGGCGAAAGUCCUUCAGCGCGACCGAGACGAGCGGGAGUUUGUCACCCGAGCAGAAGGAGAACACGUUGAAGAGGCACGCGCGUGAUCAAUCAGCGGCAAAGCCGCCGAAGAUGUUCAAAGUGGAUGACGGCUUUGUACCUAGAGCAAGAACGUCUCUAUUUCAGGACAGGAGGAACAAUUGUGACUACCCGAAGGACUUCUCAGUGAGCACAAAGACGUUUUAUAGUAGCAAUGUAAAGUCCGAGCGGGCUUUCAUCAAUUUCAGGAGUAGCGACAUUAAAAAGAGACGAAGCUUACCUUCGCAGAGUUCGAGUAGACGUUUAUCGAUAAAGAAACGGAAAUUCGGGAAAAUAAACGCUGGUGUGUACCACGGCAUCAAGAAGCCGAAACCCAAGACGGAGGUAUCAAAAAAGGAAGGUCAACAAAGUCCCACGGCUUUAAGUAAGAGUCCACCUGUGGAGGAAGUUCAGCCGAUGGAGACAAACGCAGUUGUGGAGAGGCCGCCCACGCCACCGAUCGAUGAGACUAAACGAUUUUUCAAAACCAACAAGACUGUCAGAUUAAAUGACGCUACAGUGACGGUACACAAUAAGAUCAAGCUGACGGUCGCGGACGGGAAAAUUGCAUUGAAAACUAAUCAGAAACGCGCUCGUUUCACGAAAAAGGUAAGUACCGAGAACAUCCGUCUGGACGCCACAGAUCUGACCGUCGACGAGCCGGAGAUUGAGGCUACGCUGCAGCAAGAUAAAGUCGACGAUCUUCUGAAGGUUCUAGAGGAUGAUUGGGCGAACGACGACUACGAUACGAUGGCCUCGUUGAUCCGUACUGCAAAUGCGUUUUCCCCGUCAAAAUCGUUGUUGAAAGACACGAUUAUGUCUCCGGCUACUGAGCUCAGCAACAUGACUUCGACGAUGAACAUCAAAGACGUGGCUCCUUUGAAGAAUUUUGGUAAUCUUUCCCUUGACAACGCGAGCAAUAAUAAUGACACUGGAAAGGAAACUGGCGAAGAGAAUACCGAGAAAAAAUAUUAUCCAUUGUUUACCAAAGGAUAUUCUGUACCUGAUGAUAUUUUCGAAGAGACAAGUAACGCAAACACUCCGAAAACAAUAAAAAGAAAUAUGCAGUGGCAGCUUUCCGCGAAAGGUGGUGGUGCGGAAGAUCAAUGUCAGUUAGAUGCCGGUCAAAAACGUUUCGGCGCCACUCAGUGUCCAGAAUGUAAUGUUGUGUAUCAAUUGGGCGAUCCUGAGGAUGAAAACGCUCAUUUAAAUUAUCACAACAGUAUACGGACUUUGAGAUUCCAGGGAUGGAAAAACGAGCGUGUUAUAUUGGAGGAUUCCUUCACUUCCAGCAGAAUAAUCUUAGUCGAGCCACGUGAUUCCCAACAACAUUGGAAGAAGGUGCUAGAGAUUUUGGACGUUGUAGAUAAAGAUUUGGGACUGGCAGAUAUAAAUAGUUCAGAUUAUAGAAGCAAACAGGUCUACUUGUACAUACGCGAGAAAAGCGUUAUCGGAGUAUUGGUAGCGGAACAUAUUGAAAAAGCGUUUCGCAUGAUUCCUGAGCUAAUUGAUCUUGAUUGUUGCACUGCUGAGAGUACACCUACGAAAUGCGGCAUAAACGUCGUUUGGACCGCGAUGAGUCAUCGUAAACAGAAUAUUGCAACUAAACUUGUCGACACUUUGAGAGCCAAAUUCUUUUACGGUUACGUGAUGUCUCUGGACGACAUAGCAUUCUCAAUACCAACUCCAGGUGGUAAAAUCUUCGCUGAGAAAUAUACGAAAACGAAAAACUUCAAAGUUUAUAACUAAAUUCGUUAUAGUUAGGCUCCAACGUUCGUUCUAAAUGCUGACAACGCUGCUAUCCAGUUACUUAAGUCACCUUUUGUCAUCUCUUUUCUGUAACAAGUCCUUAAAAAUUAUCCAAAAUGGGUAACGUUUUAUUUGUUCAUAUUAUUUUCUCGUCUUUAACAGUUGUUACUAAAUAUUGAUUUGAUGUCUCAGUAUCUGAUUAUUUUGUACCGGAAAUCGAAUACAAUAAAAAAAAAUAAAAAAGAUAAAAUGCAUUAACAUCUUUAGCUAACAUAAGCAGGUUCUGAAUACAGGCCAUAGUCUCAAUAUUUAACUGUGUCAACUGACACUGGUGCUAGUCGCGGUCACUUUAUGAUACCAAAAUGUUGCAACUUUAUUUAAUUUUUGUUCUUUGUAAUGCAUUGUUCAAGCUCCUGUUCUUAAACUUUAAAAUAAUAUGAAAAGAAUUUGCUUUAUGCUAAGUUAUCUAAAGAUAAACUCGGAAAACAAAAGCAAUUUUGUUUUUGCUUAAAUGACCUCAAUUUUAUAAUUUAUUAAAAUUUUAUUAAAAACUGGUCACUUGAUUAUCAUUUUAAUGGCUGAAAGGUUAUUGUCACUUUCUGUCAAGAGCAGUUAUAUUUUUUAUCCAAUGACUGAAUAGCAGCGCUAUAAAUGCAUCCUUUGAACUGUUAACGAUUAUUAUACUUAUACAUUUUAUAUUAUCUUUACUAUAAAUGUUGAUAUGAAUGAGAUUGAUAGGUUUCUUUAAUAUUACGAAUUAAUGUAUAUCUCUUCUUGUUUAAAUUAUUAUACUUUACUAUAUAAUUCUACACUUUAACAAGACAUUUCUUUUUAUAGUGAAAUUAAUAUAGAUACAAAUUUAAAAUAUACAGUGAAUAGAAUUAUUAAUAUAUAAAAAUACUUUUAAAUUUAAGCUAAGUUUUAUAAGAAUAUUAAUAAUUAUUUUCGAAAUAAAUACAUUAUUUAUUUCGAAUAAACACUCUAAUAAAUCUGUCUAUUUGAAAUGUAGAAAUUCCUGCUGUUUAUUCUCAUAUUCUUAUGUGACAUAGGAACAAUAUAUUAUAUUUGACAAUGA